AUGUCAAUAGUAGCAGGAUUUCAAAAAAUUUAUUCAUAUAUUGCAAUUAUAUCAACAGUAUCUUCUGGAUGUUAUUGUUUAAUACUUGGAGUAGACGUUUUUGCACGUACAGGAAUAUUAGCAUCUUUUAAAACUUUUUGGGGGUUUACGCAACCUGAUGAUUACCGAUACGUAGUAGAUACACAUGUUAUCAUAAUACUAUUAUCGAUUGGAGUUCUUGGUGGAAUAUUUGGUAUAGCCAUACAAUUAUUGGAAUUAUGGAUAAGACAAAAAAAUGAUCGGUCAAAGGUUGAGGCAGAUGAUGAUAAGGAAAGUCAUGAUUCAAUAAAAUUUAGGUCACUUCGAAAAAAAUUAAAAGAAAAAUUUCAUAAUCCAUUUAAAAGACAUUGA